CAUUCUUGUUUCAUACUUUUUGUGUUCAAUUUCCAGAUCCUUGCAAAUAUCACACUGCAAUGUACAUGAUAUAAAUAAUUAAUAAAAAAUAUAUUCUUAAAUAUUAAUAAAACUUUUAGUCACCUUCUUUCUAUAUUCGGUAUGCAAUGUUUGCAGUUCCUUCUGCAAUACAUCUAUUUUCGAUUUAAAUAAAUUAACAAUGGUUAAAUGUGCUAAAUUUUCUUUCUUACACGCUUCGUUCGCGUGAUCCUUUUGUGGUUCCACCUUCCUAUUGAACAUUAAUUUCUAAAUUCAAAAUACUUAUACAACAGAAAUUGAAAAAAAAAACAUGUUUAACAUAGACAUAAAACAGUAUUUUCGAAUAAAUAAUUAUAUCGAUUUUUCCCUUACAAUUUUGAGGAUACUUCGUCAAAGAUAUAAGGUAAGGACGUAUUACGUUUAAUUGAAACUUGAAUAUUAUCAUUUUCUCGUUGUAUUGAGUUCCCUGGUAGUUCUGUUUCUUUAUUCGUUACAUUUCUAUAUUGUAUUUUUGAAUUCGAAACCGAACACUCGUUAUUAUAAGUGUUUAUAACGUGAUCUAUGUUCUUCAUUAAAUCAUUUGCUCUUUGUUCGAGUUCUUUAUUCAGUAGGCGGAAUCCCUUUUCUUUAACCAGUAGAUCUUCGGUCAUCUUUCGAUACAAAAAAUAAUUCCACUAUUAAUUAUCAGUAUAUAAAUAUAAAAUACAGGUUAUAAUUAUGUUUUCUUGCGGUAGUUUUUCGUUUUCAAACAUACGAUAAACACGUUGAAAAAUCGGUGCAAAAAAGAAGAUAAAAUAUAAAUAUUAUGUUGCGAUGUUGAAAAGUCUUUUGGAAUCACGAUGACAGCACGUUCAAUUUUGCAAGUUUUUGACCAAUAUCAAAAAGCUCGUAUACUUUUCGUGCAAUCCGUUGCCGAUCUCGCCACAAGACCAAAUAAUAUAGAAUGUUUAGAAGCUGCUGGUGCUUUAGAUCUUUUACAUCCUUUGCUGACAGAUCCUGUGCCUUCUAUACAACACAUGGCAGCUAUAGCUUUAGGAAAAAUAGCAAACAAUGAUUGUCGAUUGGCACAAGCUAUUAUAAAAAAAGAUAUUUUGCCUCAAUUAUUAAAAAAUAUCUCUAAACAAAAUAAAUUUUAUAAGAAAGCAGCUUUGUUUGUUAUUCGUGCGAUAGCCAAGCAUUCUUCUGAAUUGGCAUCCAUAAUAAUUCAGAGCAAUGGAUUAGAAAUUAUAAUGGUUUGCUUAGAAGACUUUGAUGCUGUUGUAAAAGAAGCUGCAGCUUGGGCAUUAGGAUAUAUUGCUAGACACAAUAAAAACUUGGCUCAAGCAGUAGUCGAUACAGGUGCAGUUCCCCUUUUAGUUUUAUGUUUACAAGAACCUGAAUUAUAUUUGAAACAGAUAAGUGCAUCUGCCCUUUGUGAUAUAAGCAAACAUGAAAAAGAUCUAGCAGAAGUUAUUGUUGAUGCUGGAGCUGUUCCUUUCCUUGCAAAAGCAUUAUCUAAUCCUGAUGCCAAAUUAAAGCGUCAAGUUCUUUGCACACUGAGUAGUAUAGCAAAGCAUACUACACACUUGGCAGAAUCUAUCAUCGAAGCUGAGGUUUUUCCUAGUGUUCUUAUUCAUAUGGCACACCCCGAGGAAUGCAUUGUUAAAGCUGCAGCAACAUUAACUAGAGAAAUUUGCAAACAUACGAUAGAAAUGGCUCAGCUCAUUGUAAAUAUUGGUGGUGUUGGUGCACUCACAGAAUUGAUUAACACAUCGAAAUUAACAGCUAGAUUACCAGCAAUAAUGGCAAUUGGUUACAUUGCUGGACAUUCUGAUCAAUUAGCUAUUGCAAUUAUUGGAUCUAAAGGAGUUACUCAAUUAUCUACUGUGUUACACGAAGAAAAGGAUGAACAUGUACUUGCAAUCACCAUAUGGGCAACUGGACAAAUCGGUAAACAUACUCCAGAGCAUGCAAAAGCAAUUGUAGUUGCAAAUAUUCUUCCAAAGUUAUUACAACUUUACAAUGAUCCAAACAGCUCAGAAGAUUUGAAACUAAAAUGUAAUGUGACAUUAAAGCAAGUAUUACAACGAUGCAUGUGCCUUGAAGCAUUGGAACCUUUAAUACACGAUGCACCACCUAACAUUUUGAAGUAUGUUCUUGGACAGUACAGUAAGAUUUUGCCUAAUGAUGCCAGGGCAAGAAGGCUAUUUGUAACAUCCGGUGGUUUAAAGAAAGUACAAGAAAUUCAAGCAGAACCUGGUUCAACGCUUUCAGAAUAUAUACAAAUUAUCAAUUGCUGUUUUCCAGAAGAAAUUGUCAGAUAUUAUUCUCCUGGAUAUCCGGACAGUCUCUUGGAAGCGGUCGAACUGUAUCAACCAAAAUGCCCAUCGCUUUUUGCAAUGGAAAAACACGAGUUAUCUGAUACCGAUUCCAAAUCUACUCUGUCAUCUCAUAACGAAGAUUGUUAAAAUAAUGCUCAUUAUUAUUAGAUUUUCU